AUGGGCUACCAUUGCUCCCUUAGAGCCUGGCUGCCAGCUCUCGCUGCUGCCAGCCUGGCUGUUUCGUCCAAUUCUCAACCCACGACACGAAUUGACUAUCUCAUCAUCGGAGGCGGUCCUGCUGGACUUGUCCUUGCAGAAAGACUGUCUCAACGUGCUGCCAAGAAUGUUGUUCUCUUGGAGGCAGGGCCAGACAGCAUCGAUGACCCAAACGUAAGCAUACCGGCAUACUAUCCACUCAUCCAAGACAAAAAGCCAAAUUAUGUGACGGAGCCUGACGCCAAUCUCGGCGGCUAUGCCCCUGGUAUCGCACAAGGUCACACGCUCGGAGGCGGCGCAGCCGUCAAUGGAAUGGCGUACUGCCGAGGAUCUUCAUCUCUAUUUGACGACUGGGCGGAGACCUCUGGAAACGAAGGGCUCGCAUGGGAUUCCAUGUUGGAGGAGUUCAAAGAAGUCAGUCGCUACCGGGACCCGCCACACGCCGAUUACGAGCAGUUUGUCAAUGCGUCGGGGUAUGGGAAUGGGCCGGUCGAAGUGAGUCGAUCGAGCGGCUUGACUGGCUUCGAGUUUCCCUUCGCGAGAGCUAUUGAAGCAGAGCUUGGUCUUCAGCAGCAGGACCUGACGGAUGGUACGGGAAUUGGAAUCGACCUAGGCCUUUCCUCUAUCUUUGCCAAAAACAGGACCAGGUCCCAUCCUCGCAAUACCUUUGGUAUCAUUGCCGAGGGCCGGCCAAACUUACAGAUUAUACACAGUGCUCGGGUCACCAAGGUUCAUUUCGAAGGGACGACGGCCGUCGGUGUUACGUACCAGUUCGGUGGAGAAGCCGUCGAAGUCGAGGCCGCCGAGAUCAUCGUCAGCGCUGGUGCCAUCAACACACCCAGGCUCCUCAUGCUCUCUGGUGUUGGGCCCCGGGAAAAACUGGAAGCUUUGGGUAUUUCGGUCGUUUCAGACAACCCAGAAGUAGGAGCGAACCUCCGAGACCACCCAUUCUCCAUCAUGCAACUCCAGGUCACACCAGAGGUCCUGACAGUCUGGCAGUGGUUGUCCAAUGAGACUCAGGCUGUCAUAGCCCAUGAGCAAUAUGCUGCCAAUGCGUCGGGUCCUCUCGGAUGGAACAAUGGAUACUCGUUCGCCGCCUUCCGAUUGCCAGACUCGGCUUGGCCCGAGGGCGUCGACAACACCCAUUACCUCUCCCUACCCGAAGAUCGGCCGCACGUCCUCAUUCAGUUCAGCACCGUGCCAUUCAUACCGUCCCCCAACAGCACCAUCAUUGCUUGGGCGAGCUUGAUGCAGCCUGAAGCCGCCGGAUCAGUCAGCCUGAGAUCGGCUGACUAUCGUGACGGCCCUUUGAUACACACCAACUUUUACGGCUCCGAGGGCGACAAGGCAGCGGCUCUAUGGACCUACAAGAAGCUGAGGGAGAUUCUGCGACGCCCAGAGGUCAGCCAUCUGAUCGUGGCGGAAAGGUAUCCCGGGCCCGACGUAAUUUCCGAUGAGGCUAUCUGGGCCGCCAUGGGGCAGCAGACGUACUCUUUCCGGCACGCGGUCGGCACGGCGGCUAUUGGAAAAGCCCUCGACUCGAAUUGGAGGGUGAAGGGCCUCAAGGGGAUCAGAGUUGUGGACUCGAGCGCGUUCCCUUUCCCGACAACCUGUCACCCACAAGCCGUUGUCUAUGCACUGGCGAGCAGAGCGGCAAAGGACAUUCUUCUCGGCGACUCAUGCAAGAAGUAG